AUGGAUGAGACGGUAUCAUUGGAUUCAUUACCGUUAACUGGUCAGGAAUGUUCCAAAAUAUCGGAAACAUUACGGAAGAUACCAUAUGAUAUUUGUCCAUCAUUAGCAUUACAGUCUUCAACUUUAACCCAUCAUCAAUCAACAAUAACAUCACCUGAUACUAAUACAUUUGUGGAAUCGUCCGAAAAGUAUUAUCAGACGCUUAGUGAUAUCAAAGAAUACUCGUGGAAUAUUAACAGAUGUGAGGGAGAAUCUAACUAUAAUGUGUCAACUGAAUUGUCACAACAGAAUGGAUUUAUUAAAUCGAAGCAUGAAGAAAAGUUUCAAAGAUCUAGCGGAAAUGAAUUCGACCAGAAAAGUUUCUUGACUUCACUCUCUGUUUACUUUUGUUGGACUGUUUUGAUGAUUUUUGCAUUCUUACGAGAAUUGCUUCGAAGGCACGGCAUUGAAAAGAAUUUUGCUGCUGUUGAAAGACCAGAAGAACAGAACUUCGUGCCACUUUUCUCAGAAUUUGAAGCUAUUUACGAACGAAAUUGUUACAUGCGUGUACGAGAUGUUUUUGAACGACCAAUUUGUAGUGUUCCAGGAGCAACUGUAAAACUUCUGGAUCGUACUUCUGAGGAUUACAACUGGACUUAUAAGUACACAGGAACUGAAACAGAAGUGAUCAAUGUUGGAUCAUAUAAUUAUAUGGGAUUUGCUGAAACUAAUAACAUAUGUGGAAAUGAAGCAGCAGCAAUUAUCGACGAGCAAGGAUUAUCCACAUGUUGCUCCAUUCAACAAUUAGGAUUUUCAAAGGCACAACGAGAUCUGGAAAAGCUUGUAGCUCAAUUUAUUGGUGUUGAUGAUGCUAUAUGUUUCAGUAUGGGAUUUGCUACUAAUUCUCUGAAUACACCAUGUUUAGCUGAUGAAAAUUCAAUUAUAAUUAGUGAUCAGUUCAAUCAUGCAUCACUUAUUCUUGGCAGUCGAAUGUCACGAGCAACAGUCCGUAUUUUCAAACACGACGAUAUGGCAGAUUUGGAAAGACUUAUUCGUAAUGCAAUUGUAUAUGGUAAUCCGAAGACAAAGAAGCCAUUCACCAAAAUUUUAAUCAUUGUGGAAGGAAUAUAUUCCAUGGAAGGUUCAAUAUGCAAUUUACCAGCUAUUAUUGCACUAAAGAAGAAAUAUGGUGCCUACAUAUAUCUUGAUGAAGCACAUUCCAUUGGAGCAAUGGGUCCACGUGGACGUGGAAUUGUUGAUUAUUGGGGUUGUGAUCCGCACGAUGUUGAUAUUCUAAUGGGAACAUUCACUAAAAGUUUUAGUGCAGCUGGUGGUUAUAUUGCAGGCAAUAAACAGCUUAUAAAUUAUAUACGAGCAAAUUCGGCUGCAACAAUUUAUGCACUUCCAAUGUCACCCCCUGUUGCACAGCAGAUCAUAUCAUCAAUGAAAAUUAUGAUGGGUCUAGAUGGUUCUAAUGAUGGUGAAAUGCGAAGGCAAAAUUUGAGGCGUAAUACACAUUAUUUUCGAAAACAUCUAAAACGUAUGGGUUGCAUUGUAUGUGGAUCCGAUGAUAGUCCCAUUGUUCCAAUUAUGCUUUAUUAUCCUACGAAAUGCGGAUUUUGGGGUCGUGAAAUGUUGAGUCGACGUGUUGGAGUUGUGGUGGUUUCUUUCCCGGCAACACAUAUAACUGAAAGUCGAGUAAGAAUUUGCCUUAGUGCUGCUCAUUCCAAAGAAAUGCUAAAUUAUGUGCUAAAUGCAAUCAAAGAGGUUGCUGAAGAAAGCAAUGUACUAUCAUCACAAGUCAAGCAGAAAUAUGCAAAUUUAGCAAUUGAUUGGUAA